CUCUUUCCGCCAUCGACGACGACGUCCUAGUCCCCUUCUACUUUCUAAACCUUCUCCUCAUCACUGUUCUAUGCCAUUCUUGCUUUUGAUCCUGUUCUCAUGAGAAAUCCCUCUGCUGCUGCUGCUUCUCCUCCUCCUCCUCCUUCUUCAGCCUCACAAUGAUCAAACUCAAGUACCAUCCACUAUGUUUCUUCCCUCAUGUCCUUCUUCUUCUGUUCUUCUCCUUCUCCGAUUCAUCUCUCGCCGUCGAUUUUGUCUUCAACGGCUUCAACUUCUCCGAUGUCUUGCUCUACGGCAACGCCACCGUUGAUUCUGGAAUCCUAUCUCUCACUCAUGACCAAGCUUUCUCUAUCGGUCGUGCUCUUUACCCUCAGAAGAUUCCCACCAAGAUCCCAAAUUCUUCAUUCGUGUACCGUUUUUCUGCUUCGUUCAUUUUCGCCAUGGCUCCUUAUAAGAAUAUCCUUCCUGGCCAUGGCUUUGUGUUCAUCUUCACGCCUGUUCGUGGAAUCCAAGGUGCAAACUCUGCUCAGCACUUGGGUUUCUUAAACUUCACCAACAAUGGCGAUUCCGGUAACCACGUGUUCGGUGUUGAGUUCGAUGUGUUCAUGAAUCAAGAGUUCGAUGACAUAAACGCCAAUCACGUUGGGAUCGACGUGAACUCUCUCAAAUCUAUCGCGGCACACGACGCCGGGUACUGGCCGGAGGACGACAACGACAAGUCGUUCCAAGAAUUGAAGCUGAACGACGGUGAGAAUUACCAGGUUUGGAUUGACUAUGAAGAUUCUUUGUUUAGCAUAACUAUGGCACCAGUUGGCACAAAACGACCACGUAGGCCACUGUUGAAUGUGUCGUUGAACUUAUCUGAGGUUUUUGAAGAUGAAAUGUAUGUCGGGUUUACAAGUUCCACAGGGCAAUUAGUUCAAAGUCACAAGAUUUUGGCUUGGAGCUUCAGUAAUUCAAAUUUUUCACUCAGCGAGGCGUUAAUUACUUCUGGAUUACCCUCUUUUGUUCUUCCAAAAGAUUCAAUCAUACAAUCUAAAGGGUUUAUUGCAGGAUUGACCAUCGGGAUUUUCUUCCUACUCUGUUUCGUCGUUCUGUUGACUCUGUUUUUAAUACAGAGAAAACGAAGGAAAGCUCGGGAAAGAGAAGCAAUGGAGGACUGGGAAUUAGAGUACUGGCCACACAGAAUAACGUACGAAGAAAUCGAAUCAGCAACAAAAGGAUUCUCGGAGGAAAACGUGAUCGGAAUCGGAGGAAACGGCAAAGUAUACAAAGGAAACCUAGGAGGAACAGAAAUCGCAGUGAAACGAAUCUCCCAUGAGAAUAACGGAAUGAGAGAAUUCCUAGCAGAAAUCUCCAGUCUGGGAAGACUCAAACACAGAAACCUCGUAAAAUUACGAGGAUGGUGCAAGAAAGACGCAGGUAAUUUCUUACUAAUCUACGAAUACAUGGAAAAUGGGAGUCUAGAAAAGAGAGUAUUUGAAAACGAAGAAGACGACAAGAUCCUUAACGGUGAAGAGAGGAUAAGGAUUCUGAAGGAUGUAGCUUGUGGGGUCGUGUACUUGCAUGAAGGGUCGGAAGCAAAAGUAGUGCACAGAGAUAUUAAAGCGAGCAACGUACUGUUAGAUAAGGAGCUUAAUGGAAGGUUAGGAGACUUUGGGUUAGCGUUAAUGCAGAACAAUAAGGGUGAAGUGGCGAGUACCACGAAAGUAGUUGGGACGGUGGGCUACAUGGCGCCUGAAAUGAUGAAGACUGGAAGAGCAUCGAUUCAGAGCGAUGUUUACAUGGUUGGAAUAUUGGUUUUGGAGGUCAUGUGUGGAAGGAGACCUAUUGAGGAAGGAAAGCCAUCUUUGGUGGAGUGGGUGUGGCAACUCAAAGCACAAGGGCAAUUAAUAAGUGCAAUGGAUGAGAGAUUGAGGGCAAAAGGAGAAGUGAAUGAACAACAAAUAGAAACUAUACUUAACUUGGGAUUAUUGUGUGCUUAUCCUGACCCAAAAGCCAGGCCAACAAUGAGACAAGUUUUGAAAGUUUUAGAGGGAAAGAGCAACAAUAAUAAUAGCAAUAACAAUGAAGAUGGAGAUCAGUAUGAUGAGAGUGAAGAUUUGGAUACUUACCUACUUAAACACAUAAGAUCACCAAGGGACAUUUGGUCUGAGUAUUCAAAUUACUUUAACUUCUCAUCUCACCCAACAUUUGAAGAUGUUAGACUACACGCUACUUCUCACUCAUCUUCAACCUCUCGCCAUUAUUCUUUCUCUCAUUCUAUUGUUGAUGGAAGGUAAGUUGAGAAUAGAUUUUCUGCAGUUAAAAUUAUAUGUUGAAUUGAAUGUAAAGUACCAUUAAGUUGAACCACCAACUUUACAUAUUUUCGACUUUUUAGAGGAUUGGAACUUGGUGAUUGAAGCUUUUCUUGUGGAUUAAAAAUAUAAAAAUUGGAUAGGA